AUUUAUUUAUUUAUUUAUUUUUGCCAAAGCCUCUAUGUGAUUUUUUUCCUAUACAAUGUCUAACAUUUAAUCAGAAACCUUAGGUUCAUCUCUUAUGCCUUUCUUUCUCUUGUGCACCACGUCACGUCUGAUCUGUUCUACCUUCAAAAUUGAGCUGGGAUCUUCCCACCACUUUGGGCCCAGAUCCAGAACCAAGCUCCACCAAAAGCAAGGCAGUCUGCCCCCGGACAUGGCCUCGGCACUGACUGACCGCACCUCUCGGGCCUGAGCACCACACCCACACCAGAUCCAAGCCACCCUCUCACCAGCCUUAUUGGGAGCAGCUUCCUAUCUGGUCUCUCUGCUUCUGCCUUUGCCCCACUUCAGUCUAUUCUCAACCAAACAUCUAGAAAAAACAAAUUUUUUUAAUCAAACUAUGUCAAGCUUCUACUCAAAACCCUUUAGGGACUUUUAACCCUAGAGUAAAACCUAAAGUCCUUUCACUGACCUACAACAAGGCGCACGGCCCGGCCUCUGACUUCAUCUCCGAAUGCUCCUCCUUGUGCUCACUCUGCUCCACUCACUCUUACUCCCAUCCCCAACACCGCUUCCUGCCUUAGAACUAGGAAUUGGCUGCUUCCUUGACCUGGAAUGCUGUGACAAUUAGUCUCAAGUUUCAUUUCUUCACCUCCUUCACGUUUUUACUCAAACGUCACCUUCUCAAUGAAGCCUUCUCUGACCACUAUAAAAUUGCUAGGUCUCCCAUGCCCCUAGCACCUAGCCUUAUUUCCUGCUUUAUUUCGAAUUAGCUAUUAUAAUUAUGUAACACACAUAAUGUACUCACUUUUUUUGUUUGUAUGACUCCUCCACUAGAAUAUAAAUUCUGUCAAGGCAGGAGUUUUAAUGUGCUGUUUGGUUUUGUUUUUCACUGCUAUAUCCCCACUAACACCAGGGGAGUGGGGGUGAGGGACAAGAAAACAACAAUGCUUGGCACAUACUAGAUACGCAUAACUAUUUGUGGAAUGAAUCAUUCAGUUUCAGAUCAUCCAAGAGUUGUCCACAAAAUAGUCAGAUAUCCAGCACUGUCACCUGAGGGAGAAGUCUAGGUUAGAGAUACAUCCUUUGCUGCCCUGAGUAUAUAGGUGGUACUAGAAAUUACAGACGUGAAAUGGGACUGCCCUGGGAGAAAGUACAAGAAGAGAAACAGGCUGUGGAUAAAAACUUGUACAGGCCAGGCACAGUGGCUCACGCCUGUAAUCCCAACACUUUGGGAGGCUGAGGAGGGCGGAUCACGAGGUCAAGAGAACAAGACCAUCCUGGCCAACAUGGUGAAACCCCGCGUCUACUAAAAAUACAAAAAUUAGCUGGACGGGGUGGCACACGCCUGUAGUCCCAGCUACUCAGGAGGCUGAGGCAGGAGAAUCACUUGAACCGGGGAGGCGGAGGUUGCCAUGAGCCAAGAUUGCACCACCGCACUCCAGCCUGGCCACAGAGUGAGACUCCAUCUAAAAAAAAAAAAAAAAAAGAAACUUGUACAAGAACCUAUGGUAGCUAUCAAUUUCUUUAUAAAGCCCACUGUGGCUGGUAUAGCACUAUUGGUUACCCACUUAAUACCCAUUCAAUCCUGCCCCAACAUCCUCCUAACAGAAUUUGUUCUCCUCCUCCCUGGCCAAGUGUUUCUUGGAGGCCUAGAAAGACUGAUUACCUGGUCUAAUCCAAAUAUGGUGGUCUUAUAUAGAUCCUAAGCUUAAACCAAUAUGAUGUAAUUCUGGUCAGUUGGGAGUUUACGAGGGGGUUUUGCUCUUCCAAUAAAGACAAAAGAGAAAAUACUUCUAUUACUACUUUGUUGAAACCAACAACCCAGGUGACAGAGUGGAAAGGUAGGGGAAAAAACGUGUUGUUGAUAAUGUGCUGAGCCCCCAAGUUAACCUCCAGGUUAACCAACCUGGGGAGUGUAAAAUAAUGAAUUCCUUAUUAUUUCAGCCACUUGGAAUUGGUUUUUUGUUACUUGAGGGAAAAAAUAUUCUAAUUAAUAUGCUAGUGUUUACUGUUUCCACGAUGUGGUAUCAGCCUUUCUGUCUAUAGAUAUUUCUACAACUCAUCAACACAAACCUUGCUUACAGUUUUCCAAAUACACCUUGGGCUUUUUGAGCCUUUGAUCAAGCCAUUCCGAAUGCACUUCCCCCAAGAGGCUGGCCAGUUAAAAUACUAUCAUUCAUCAAACACAAUUUAAAUGUCACUUUCUCCUCUAGCCCUUUCAGAAAUUACCUCAAAAUUAAAUGAUCAGACCUAAAAUAUUUUGGGAGUGUUUUCGCCUCUAGAACUUACCAUACACCUUUAUGUUAGUGUUACUUAUAGAAUGCCUACAUCUGCUUUAGGUCAUACACUUCAAAGCGCAGAACGGGUCCAGAUCUUAAUAUAAAUGCUUGCCAUUUACCAGGCACAGCUCUAAGUAUUAACGGUUUUAAUCCUCAAGACAAAACCUAAAGAGAUAAAUUCUUCUAUUGCCACUUUGUGGAUUAGGAAAAUGAAGCACAAAAACAUUUAACUUGCCUGAGGUUUCGGAGCUAGUACAUUCUAGAACCUGGAUUCAAAUCAAGACAGCAAUUAGCUGAAUGAAGGUGUAACUGCAAAUGCAAAUAACUGAUCACAAGGGAUACACAUUCACUCAUACAAGAUACAAGAUUUUUAACGUUGCUGGUACUAAAACCAAAGCGUCUUGCGUUUUUAAGCGCAACCCCACCCCGCGAUACUAGAUAUAUUCUUUAGAGCUGGAAGCCUGAUAGAUUAGGGGGAACUAUGCCUUUGUAUUUUUUAAGACUCAGUAAAUUGCUCACUUCUUUCCCAAAAUGAGGUGUCUGUGGGGGAGGCCCCUGUCGCUCCGUGUGCCAAGGGUCCUCCGAUUGCUAGCACACAGCGGUGAGCAGAGGAGGCAGGUGAGGAACUGCACGGACUCAGCUGCAGAAGGCGAUGGCAGCCCGCCCCUGGGGCGGGAGAAGGGCAGGUGCCGGGAGACACCAGGAAGCUCUUCCCCGCCCGGGCACGUAACAGAGCUGGGAGCCUGGCUGCCAGGGGCGUGUCAUCGCGGGGGCAGCCUGGGAGCGCUGCUGCGCCGCGGCAGGAGAAACAGCCGAGGACACCCUGGAAGAGCAGGAGCACGUGGGCCUGCGAGAAUGGCGCCAACACCAGCCCUGCAAAGCCACAUUCCAAAGCCGGGCCGAGGACAGCCACCGUUGCCCCGCAGGCCGCAAGGAUGACGGUCAAGCCAGCCAAGGCCGCCUCCCUAGCCAAGAACCUCGCAAAGCGCAGGCGCACCUACCCAGGUGGCGCAGCUGGGCGGAGUCAAGAGCCGGAAGUCCUUUGUGCGGCAGUCCUUCCCGGGAAACCCGCGGACCGGAACUCCCCGGAGUUCCCGCCCCCAGGCAGAACCCUGGGUUGCUGGGCAACCGAUGCGGCCGCUGCAGCUGGUCUCUGUGGUGCUGGGAGCGAGCCCAGUGUAGCUCCCACCUCCUGCGCUGGUAACCUCCCGUCCCGCCCGCCUCCCUUGUUGUCGCCUCUCCUCGCGUCGCGGAAUCCUUGCCCUUGGCACUACUUACAUCUCUCCGGGGCCCACAACACCUUAGCGCCCACCUGCUUCAAAGCCAAGCUCCACCGAAAGCGAGGCCGUCAGUCCCCGGACAUGGCCUCGGCGCUGACUGAUCGCACCUCUCGGGCCCCGAGCACCUACACCUACACCAGCCGGCCCCGAGCACUGCCCUGCCAGCGCAGCCGUUACCGGGACAGCCUGACGCAGCCAGAUGAAGAACCUAUGCGUUAUGGAAACAUAAUGUAUGACAGAAGGGUAAUUCGAGGCAACACUUAUGCACUCCAGACAGGGCCACUGCUCGGACAGCCUGAUUCUGUAGAGCUCCAGAGACAACGGGAGGCUAGGAAGAGGGCUCUUGCCAGAAAACAAGCCCAAGAGCAGCUCAGACCACAAACACCUGAACCUGUGGAAGGCAGAAAGCAUGUCGAUGUGCAAACAGAAUUAUACCUUGAAGAAAUUGCUGAUCGCAUAAUAGAAGUUGAUAUGGAAUGCCAAACAGAUGCAUUUUUGGACAGACCACCAACACCACUCUUUAUUCCUGCCAAAACUGGCAAAGAUGUGGCCACCCAAAUACUAGAAGGAGAGCUCUUUGACUUUGAUCUUGAAGUUAAACCAGUGUUAGAAGUUUUGGUGGGGAAGACAAUUGAGCAGUCUCUUCUGGAAGUAAUGGAAGAAGAAGAGCUGGCUAACCUGCGGGCCAGUCAGCGUGAGUAUGAAGAACUACGGAAUAGUGAACGUGCUGAAGUUCAACGACUUGAAGAGCAAGAGAGGCGACACCGAGAAGAAAAAGAACGGCGUAAGAAACAGCAGUGGGAAAUAGUGCACAAGCACAACGAGACAUCACAAAAAAUCGCCGCCCGAGCAUUUGCACAGCGUUACCUGGCUGACCUUCUCCCGUCUGUUUUUGGCAGCCUCAGGGAUAGUGGCUACUUUUAUGAUCCCAUUGAAAGAGAUAUUGAGGUAGGAUUUCUUCCAUGGCUAAUGAAUGAAGUUGAAAAAACCAUGGACUGUAGCAUGGUGGGAAGAACAGUGCUUGACAUGUUGAUCCGUGAGGUGGUUGAAAAGAGACUGUAUAUGUAUGAGCAUGGGGAAGACACACAUCAGUCUCCAGAACCCGAGGAUGAGCCUGGUGGUCCUGGAGCAAUGACAGAGUCACUGGAGGCCUCUGAAUUCCCGGAGCAGAGCAUGUCACAGACACAGGAGCUGCUUUUAGACAGAGAGUACUUACAAAGAACAACAUAUGACAAAAGGUCAUCCCAAGAAAGGAAGUUUAUGGAAGAGAGAGAGCUCUUAGGGCAGGAUGAAGAAACAGCAAUGAGGAAGUCCUUAGGGGAGGAAGAAUUGUCAUAGGAGGGAAGCUUCAAAGUCAUGAAACCAAUCAACAGCCAAGUCAGCAAGCAAUCAGGUAAUGAUGUGCAAGUCCCCUCAGGUUAUAGAAAUUAUGUUGUAUUUAGUCAGUAUGUCUUUUUGUGUAAUGGACUGGGCCAAUCAAAUGUGAUAAAGUAAAACUAAUUUGAAAAUGAAA